AUGAGGAAAACAACCUUAUUACCGCUUAUCCAGUUCUCUUUGUACACCAUCUCCUUUCUCCUCCUCCUCCUCUUCAGUCAUGCAAACUGUGAGCUCAAUGAUCAAGAACAAGCAGUCCUACUGAACCUAAAGAAACACUGGCAAAACCCACAGCCUCUCGGCCACUGGACCCCGUCAAACUCCUCCUCCCACUGUUCUUGGCCAGAGAUCAACUGCACCGAUGGCUUAGUCACCGGAAUAUCCCUCAAAAACAUGAAUAUCAACGGAACAGUCCCACCCUUCAUAUGUGACCUCAAGAACCUCACAACCCUUGACCUUUCAAACAACUAUAUGACCUCUAAUGAGUUCCCACGACCUCUCUACAACUGCUCCAAACUCCAAUACCUCGACCUCUCACAAAACUUCUUCGCCGGCACGGUCCCUGACAACAUUCACCGCAUGGCUCAGCUUCGUCUGCUCAACCUUGGAGCCAACAGCUUCUCCGGAAACAUCCCAGCAUCCAUCGGGCAAUUAACCGAGUUGAGAUCACUUCAGCUUUUCGCGUGCCAGUUUAACGGUUCUUUCCCGCCAGAAAUUGGCAACUUGUCCAAUCUUAAACAACUAGAAUUGGCCUACAUGACGACGAUCAUGCCAGCAAGGUUGCCUUCGGAGUUCACAAAGUUGAAGAAACUGAAGUAUCUUUGGGUGACAGGCUCCAAUUUGGUAAGAGAAAUCCCAGAAACGAUUGGAGAAAUGGCGGCACUGGAGCAUUUGGAUUUGUCAAUAAACAAUCUCAGCGGUAAAAUCCCGAGAGGUUUGUUUUUGCUGAAGAAUUUGAGUAUAGUGUACCUUUACAAAAACAAAUUGUCCGGCAAGAUUCCUCAGGUAGUUGAGGCUUUAAAUAUAGACGUUGUUGAUCUAUCCGAGAAUAACUUGACCGGAACAAUACCAGAUGAUUUUGGAAGAUUAACCAAACUAUCGGGUCUGGGUUUGUUUAUCAAUCAAUUAUCUGGAAAAAUUCCAGAUAACUUAGGCCGUCUUCCGAGGCUGAUAAAUUUUAAUUUGUUUAGCAACAAUUUAUCAGGUACUCUACCUCCAGACCUUGGGCAAUUUUCUAUGCUUGAAGAGUUUCAGGUGUCUUCCAAUAGGCUUUCUGGCCAGCUGCCACAACACUUGGGUGAUAAUGGAAGGUUGGUAGGAGUGGUUGCUUUCGACAACGACCUCAGUGGUGAAUUGCCCCAGUCGCUUGGAAAUUGCAACAAUUUGAUAAUUCUUAGUGUUCAUAAUAAUAGAUUUUCUGGGAAUGUUCCCAGUGGCAUAUGGACAUUACCGAAUUUGAGCAAGUUGCUGUUAAGUAACAAUUCUUUUACUGGUGAGCUUCCUGAGAGAUUGUCAUUGAAUCUUUCUCGAUUAGAGAUGAGUUACAACAAGUUUUCGGGUAAAAUUCCGGCGGGAGUGUCUUUCUCGAAGAAUUUGGUGUAUCUCGACGCCAGCAAUAACCUCUUAAAUAGUACAAUUCCUCAAGAAUUAACCGUUCUUCCACUUUUAACGGCUCUUUUGCUUGAUCACAAUCAACUCUCAGGCUUCCUUCCAUCAGAUAUUAUAUCAUGGAAAUUGCUUACUCGUCUAAACCUUAGCCGAAAUGAAAUCUCUGGACAGAUUCCAAAGGAAUUUGGUUCUUUACUAGAACUCUCUGAAUUGGAUUUGUCAAAAAACCAAUUGUCUGGCCAAAUUCCAUCGCAACUUGGCCACUUGAAGCUCUUUUCACUCAAUCUCUCUUCCAAUCAUUUGACAGGGAGGAUCCCAAGUGAAUUCGAAAAUGAUGCUUAUGUUAGCAGCUUCUUGAACAAUCCUCGUCUCUGUGCUAAUUGGCCAUCACAAAACAUUAUCAAAUGCAAUUCCAAAAACAAAAAUUCAAGCAAAAAUUCAUUCAAAUUACUUGCUUGGAUUAUAGGUUUGGUUAUAGCAAUUCUACUAGGUUUGCUAGCUUCAUUUUUCGUGGUUGGAAUGUAUAUGAAGAGAAAGCAUGGAUUGGAUUUGACGUGGGAGCUCACUUCAUUCCAGAGGCUAAAUUUCACAGAAUCUGACAUUUUGUCAGGAAUCAGAGAAAAUAACAUGAUUGGUUCUGGUGGAUCAGGGAAGGUAUACCGUGUUGCUGUUAAUCCUUCAAGAGAUAUUGUUGCUGUUAAGAGGAUAUGGAAUAACAAAAAGCCAGAACAAAAGCUUGAAAAAGAAUUUCUUACGGAAGUUAAAAUACUGAGUUCAAUUCAACAUGCCAACAUUGUGAAGCUGCGCUGCUGUAUCUCCAGUGGUCAUUCAAAACUUCUUGUCUACGAGUAUUUGGAAAAUCGUAGCUUGGAUCUAUGGCUCCAUAGGAAGAGUAGUAGAGCAUCAACUAUCUCAGGUUCAGUCCAACCUGUCGUCCUGGAUUGGCCUAAGAGGUUUCAGAUAGCAGUUGGGGCUGCUCGGGGGCUCUCCUAUAUGCACCAUGACUGCUCACCACCCAUUGUUCAUCGAGAUGUGAAGUCAAGCAACAUCCUUUUAGAUUCUGAGUUUAAUGCAAAAAUCGCUGAUUUUGGUCUAGCCAAGAUGUUGAUCAAGCAGGGAGAAUCUGCUACAAUGUCAAAUGUGGCCGGCUCUUUCGGCUAUAUAGCUCCAGAGUAUGCUCGCACGACACGAGUCAAUGAGAAGAUUGACGUUUAUAGCUUUGGGGUUAUCCUUCUGGAGCUUGCAACUGCAAGAAAAGCUUGUGAUGGUGAUGAACACACAUCCCUUGCUGAAUGGGCAUGGCGACAGUUUCAAGAAGGUGGGCCUAUAGUUGAUGCCUUGGAUGAGGAGGUGAAGGAACUCUGUUACUUAGAUGAAAUGUGUUGUGUCUUCGAACUUGGAAUCAUUUGUACAGGUACUCUGCCUUCUACCAGGCCGUCCAUGAAAGAGGUUCUGAAGGUUUUGCUCCGAUGCAACCAACCGCUCGUUUAUGGAGAGAAGAAGAAUGCUGCAACUUUGACAUCCACUGUUUGAUGCUUUUUCAAUCAAAUGCAACGAGGAAAACGUCCGUACGUUCAACAUGCUGUACCAGGGCUUUUCAUUGUUGUUAUCUUAAACCAUUAUCAUUUAUCAAUAAAAUUAACUACUUUUUUUUUUUUUUUUUAAAUGAAAUAGAAAACUUUAUUACUGGAGAUGAGCCCCAUAGGGAAUUAC